GUUUUCUGAAAUAUGUGAAUGAAUCGAAGUUCCAGAAACAGUGACAGUAUUGAUCAUAAUGAGACUUCAGUCAGUUCAGUCAGAGUGAUAAACGAGAGGCACAAUACAGCAUCAGUAUGACAUCCAUAUCUAAAAGUCCUGAUUCAGACUGGAGAUAUUCAGAAGCUGUGGAGGCCCUGAUGUCUAUGAAGAUCCAGCAGAGGGAGUUUUGGCCCUUGACUCGUUCCCCUGAUGCCUGCGAUGAUCCCGUCGCUGCUGAUCUCCACCAGUCCACCUCUGUAAGGUCAUGCAUGACUCCACCGCACAGCCCUGACGGCGACCCGCACCCGGGGUCAGGGGUCACGGCUUCACCCGAGGCCCGAUCUCGAGCGGUCAGCGUGAUCCGGCACACGUCAGACGCAGACAUGAACCGUCAUCCCCCAUCAGCCCCUGCUGCAGCGGCGUCUGAUUCGCUCUCAGUCUUCCAGAUGCUUCCAGUGACCUCAGCGAGCUCCGGCCCUGUGCUGUUUGUGGCCAGAGCUUCAGUCGUGGUGAUUCUGUCUCCUAAACAAACAGCCACAGCGCCUUCAUGUGGUUUGAAGUUUACCGCCAUCGCUCCCGCUCCAGCCCGCGACUCGUCCGCAAACAGAGCCGUCCCGUCACGGCCCCGCGAUCACGUCUGCACUCAUCCCGACUGCGGGAAAACAUACUUCAAAAGCUCCCACCUUAAAGCGCACCUGAGAACACACACAGGUGAGAAGCCGUUCAGGUGCUGCUGGGACGGCUGCUUACGGAGUUUUGCCAGGUCUGAUGAACUGUCUCGUCAUCGCCGCACACACACAGGAGAGAAGCGUUUCUCCUGCCCCAUUUGCCACAGCCGCUUUGUGCGCAGCGACCACCUGGCAAAACACGCUCGCCGUCAUCUAACGGCCAGGAGAACGCCGGCGUGGCAGAAGGAGGUUUACCGUCUGAACAGCAUCAGUGCUGUCUGUCACCUGCAGCCUCUGGCACCUAAAACUAAGAGCUGACAGAGAGUCCGUCACACCUGUACUCAUUUAACUCUUUAUAUAUAUUUACACACACUAUUGUUCCAAAGUUUGGAAUCAUUAGGAUUUUUUUAAUAUUUUUGAAAUUAUUUCUGCUCAGCAAGGCUGCAUUUAUUUAAUUAAACAAUACAGUAAAAUCUGUAAUAUUGUGAAAUAUUAUAAUUUUAAAAUAGCUGUUUUUUUAUGUGAAUAUAUUAUAAACUGUAAUUUAUUUCUGUGAUGCGCAGCUGUAUUUUCAGCAUCAUUACUCCAGUUUUCAGUGUCACAUGAUUCUUCAGAUAUCAUUCUAAUAUGCUGAUUUGAUGCACAAGAAAAAUUUCUGAUUAUUAUCAAUGUUGAACACAGUUGUGCUGCACAAUAUUUUUGUGAAAACUGAUACAUUUUAUUUUUCAGGAUUCGCAGAUGAAUAGGAAGCUCAAAAGGGCAGCGUUUAUUUGAAAUAAAUAUUUUUGAAUAGAUUUAAUGUAUUCAAAUAUUUUUCUUUCAAAUAUUUUUAUUUGAAAGAAAUAUAUAUAUCUAAAUGGAUUGACAUCAGAUUGGACUGUUUUUUUUUUUUUUUGCAUAUAUAAAUAAAUGAGCCUUUUUUAAACUACUUUAAUUACUAUGAAAAAAAAAU